UUCAACAGUGUACAUGACACGGAUGGUUCGUUUUUCGAGAAAUAUAGCAGCUUACAGUGGAAAUUGGAUCAGAGACGAUUGCAAAUGAUCAAAGACAGUCGGCAAGAUGAGUGCCCUCCACCUGAACACAGCGUCGGAGUGAUACCACCACCUGUUUCAAGUAUUCAACCAAAAGAGAUGGAAAACUUAUACAUGGAUGUUUUGUAUACAAUAAAGUACAAAGUUGGCGCUGAUACAGAACUGAGUGCACAUCGAGAUCAACUAUACGUUUACGCACAAAAAGCAUUCGAUGUCACACCCGAGCAGCACAGACGUUACAUGGCCAUCGUGCACGAGGAAAAACCUCCCAUAGUGGUGCUUCAUGUGACGGUGGUCGAAGCUGAAGGCCUGGAGGCGAAAGACGCUAAUGGUUAUAGCGAUCCGUAUUGUCUACUGGGACUGAUGAGGAGAACAGACGAAAACGCCACCCGGCUGGCCGAGGGUUCGGCUGAAGAAUGUUCCACCGUACUAUCGCCGGUCGCUCUCAUGGCUGGCAUUAUCGGAUUCAGCGACCCUUACUGCAUGCUCGGUAUCCAGCCGGGCAUGGUGUCCCCGCAACCCGGAGCGGGCCUGCCUCCGUCGCCUGCCAACAGCCCUUCGCCGUACCAGCCACCACUGUCUCCGAGGCCUGCGCACGCCACCGCCCGCACGCUGUCCGAGGGUGGAAUCGACUUGCCGGACGGCCGGCACGACCAUCACGACAAACUCCGCAAACACCACAGUUUUCGGUUGAGUUUCAAGAGGAAAGAAAGGGGUGGCGGUUCAGGAGGUAGUGUUUACGGUUGUCGAGAACACCGGGACAGCAUAUCGGCAGUUCCCGCGAGGUUCAUUCAAGCAACCAGCGUACGCAGAGAGACACUCAAUCCAAAAUGGGGAGAAAAUUUCAUGUUUGACAUCGACGACGUGACUAGUGACAUCUUACACUUGGACAUUUGGGACCACGAUGACGAGUCGUCCGUGUUAGACGCUGUCAGCAAAUUAAACGAAGUGAGGGGCGUCAAGGGCCUGGGGAGGUUUUUCAAGCAGAUCGCUCAGAGCGCUAGAUCCGGUAGCCAAGACGAUUUCUUGGGAUGCAUAAAUAUACCGAUUCAAGACGUGCCUUCUACGGGCCUAGACAAGUGGUAUCAGCUAGAAGCCCGAUCGCAGCGGUCCAACAUCCAAGGUAAUAUAAGGCUAAAGCUGUGGUUGUCCACCCGCGAGGACCACGGCCAGGCGAGUACUCAAAAUAAUUUUGACAACUGGACCGAUGUGCGUCGUAAUGAAAGACUGUUGACCAUAUUCGCCGAUUAUGAGAUGUCACUGACGAAAUCCAGCCUGUGGAACGGUGAACUCUGUCACGAGGCGACAAGUAUACUUCAUCAGCACGCCGUGCAGAGUGGAGUCUCGGAACUUCAAUUGGCCGUGAUAAGGUGGUUGGCCUUCAGUCACAUUCCGUCUAUAGACCCACAGUUUCUCUUGAAACAGUUGUCUCAAUUAGAAGCCGCUUGGGGAGAACAGACGUUAACCGUCGAAGAGGAGGACUGGCUGGCAGACUCUUUCAACGUUUUCUUGGACUAUUCCAUGCAACUGAUCCGGAAAUACCGCAAGCUCUUUCCGCCGUACCAUCACAUAUCGAUGAAUCGCCUGGAGUACAUUCUCAGAUGUUUGAGCCGACUUUCGCUGUCGAAAGCUUAUGGUAAAUGCUGUCCCUUCAAUAAGGAUAUCCGUGGGGAAAUCGGCAACGCGCUCAGACUUGGUACGAACGAGUGGUAUGAAGAAAAUAGAAAAUUCAUGGCCUCCGGACAGCACGAUCCGGAAACGCGACUCAAAGGAUUCGUAAGAUUAGUCACUUCCGUGUUGAUUGAUCUACAAAAAGGAGUGGAACACUAUAACGUUCUAUUUGAAAAUAUAAACGGCGUGUUUUACUACGCGGCGAUCUACAAACAACACGAGAAAUUAUUGGCAAAGGGAUUUUCAAAUCAUUUGGACAUAAUCAUAGAGUUGUCCAACGAUCUGAGCCAAGAAAUAGCUCCCAUUUGCAAAAAAGUAAAAGGAGCCGAUUUCGGUAUGGACACACCACUGUCUCCGACGAACUCCGAAACCGGGGAAUCGCUGUUUGAGCUGUAUCUAGCCGUUCAGGAGUUUAUCAGGUACCGCGAGCAUCUCAAUGCGUCUGAUUAUCAAGGCCUGUCAACACAAUGCUAUUAUCAUUGGUUCGAACCAGCUUUGGAAAAGUGGCUGGACCUGGCCAAAUUGAAAAUCGUGCAGCGUGCGAAAAAAGCACUAGAGUUAAGUAUGAUCUGUCAAGGCGAAAUGAUCGUAAAACACUCGACGUCCAGCAACGACUUGGUUACAGCACUGUGUCAUAUGAAGGAAUUCUGGAAACACCUCGCCUGGCCGGACCUGAUCCAGUCGUACAAUUUCGUGUUGAAAUUAUUAGACGCCAUGUGCGAAGCUGUCCUGUUUUACGCCCAACUGGUCCACCAAAGGCUAAAAGAUUCUGGCUUUUACGAUGACGUCUCGGCAUUCAAAACGUCUGACGAAGUGUGUGCCGCCCUAAACGACUUGGAAUACGUGUGGCGAACCGUCGCAGCGAUGCCGGACGACCUGCACUUGGAAACCGUCGUGUCCGCGGUUGAGGCCACGGGUGAGGCCACCGCCGACCAAUGUCGGGCCGACGUCACCUCACUACUCGAUCCCGUGUUCAACCAGUACGGCACGUACUCGAUGCUGAUCGUCGGCCGGAUCGCUGUCAGGAUGCAAGCGCCCCUAAAGAAGUGUAUUUUCCACCUGGCGUGGUCGCCGGACACACUACCGACCACCGACGCCAUCAUCCCGCUGCAGGAGUACCUGGACAGCCAUCUGAUCUCGCUCAACACGAACCUUAUACCGAAAAACUUCCACAAGGUGUUGAACGGUGUGUGGGAGGUGACUGUCUACGAGCUGGGCCACCAGAUGGAUGGCGGCAGUGGUGACACGAAGAUGUCUGGUUUCUACGAACGGUUGUACGAGGCCCUGGAACUGCUAGUGGAGUUCUUUCACGCCGAGGGCAACGGGCUUCCGCCGGAAAUUUUGACUGGAAACGUUUACAGGGCCGUGAAGCAGAGACUAAAACUGCACAAAACCGACACUGACACGUUGAUUGAACUGUACUACGAAGAUCGGUUGAUGGAACAGCAGAGGGUGAAGGAAGCAAACUAUGGGGUGCUGUCAGUGCGAGCCUAUUACCAUCACGAUUCCCUGUGCGUAGAGGUGCUGAAAGCCCGUGACGUCAUACCACUGGACCCGAACGGUUUCAGUGACCCGUUCGUCAUCGUCGAGUUGUUACCCAAAUCCAUGUUCCCAUACACCGCGGAACAGUACACCGAUGUAAAGAAGAAAACACUGAACCCACUGUUUGAUGAGUGUUUCGAAUUUGCCGUUUCGAUGGACCAGUGUCGUCACGAGUCCGCCAUGAUCCUGUUUACCGUCAUGGACCAUGACGUGAUAACGUCUAACGAUUUCGCCGGAGAAUCGUUUCUGUCGCUCAACUCCAUACCGGGCGUUCUCGCGCCGCUUCCGCACGACAUCAACGCCAUCGACAGAGUCGACUUAAUACUCAUGCACCAACAGAACAAAGGUCAUCCAAUACUUCACACCCUGGACGCCAGGCACGAAGAUAAGGUUGCGCAGGACUUCGUGAAAAAGCAGAGGGUCCGCACUACCAACUCAUGAGGCCCGCAGUGUCUUGCCGUGACAGCGCUUACAGGGUGUUGCGUCUCGGCCCUCGGCGAAUCGCCCGAGCCUUGAUCGCCAACGUCAACAUCGACGAGUGCCACGUCUUCUGCUGUUGCACCGCGGUCGAAGUCCGACGAAAACAUAACACUAUUUUUUAAACAUUAUGAUAUUACGACUAGUACAACAAACGUGACGAUAAAGGAAAAGAUUUUAAAAGUUUAACAAAAAAAUAUUCACGAAUUUAAUGUAUAAUAUUUCGUUUACUAGCCUCAUCAUAAAAAAAUUUAAUGCCACUGUAUACAUUACG